AUGAGUAGCAACCUUCAAUCGUCACCCCAAGAUGAUGAUGAGAUCCAAAAGCAAAUAGAGCUGGAACAGCAGCAACAGCUUGAUGAAGCUCUUAUCAUCCGUGCCCGUAAGUGGCAACAGAAGAGAGUGAAGAAAUUUCACCAAUCCGAGAAGGGAACGAUUGUUAGUAUGCAAACUAUCGAAAUGCCUGUGGAACACCUUCGAAAGAUUGUGCGCGAUCACGGCGACAUGUCGUCUCGUAAAUUCAGAAAUGAUAAGCGUAUCUACUUGGGCGCUUUGAAAUUUAUGCCUCACGCAAUCUUGAAGCUGCUGGAGAAUAUGCCCAUGCCAUGGGAGCAGAUCCGCGAUGUCAAGGUGCUUUAUCACAUCACAGGUGCUAUAACCCUGGUCAACGAGGUUCCGAUGGUGAUCGAGCCCAUCUUCAUUGCGCAGUGGUCGACGAUGUGGAUGAUGAUGCGGCGAGAGAAGCGUGAUCGUCGAAACUUCAAGCGAAUGCGAUUCCCUCCCUUCGAUGAUGAAGAGCCUCCUCUCGACUACGGAGACAACAUCCUGGAUGUGGAGCCGCUCUCCGCCAUCCAGAUGCCCGACCUCUCUCCCGAGGACGACGCAGCGGUCAUCGAUUGGUUCUACGACCACAAAGCGCUCAGCGAAGACACCAAAUACACAAACGGUCCCUCCUACAAGAAGUGGCAUCUCUCGAUCGCGAUCAUGGGGAAUCUGUAUCGACUGAGCAACCAGUUAGUGACCGACAUUACAGACCAAAACUACUUCUAUCUCUUCGACAAGAACUCGUUUUUCACUGCGAAGGCGCUCAACCUGGCGAUUCCUGGCGGUCCGAAGUACGAGCCUUUGGACCGCGAUGUGGAGGUGGAUGAGGACUGGAACGAGUUCAACGAUGUGAACAAGAUCAUCAUUCGAAACCCGAUCCGAACCGAGUACAAGAUCGCCUAUCCCUACAUGUACAAUGAGAGAACGAAGCACGUUUCCAUCCCGUUCUAUCACUACGCGGCGUCGGCGGUGAUCAAGACCAACGAUCUCGACCAGCCUGCCUUCUACUACGAUCCGAUCAUCAACCCGAUUCCCGCCUUCGAGUCUGCGAACGCGCACAGCGUCGUGGUACUCGAUUUGGACGAGGACAUCGUUCUCGAUGAGGCGGAUCUUCCCUUCCUGAGCGACGAAUCUCUCUUCCUCCGUACUCUCCUCCCUUCCAGUUUCUCACUUCUAGCGACCACGGCGGAAGGCAUCGCGCUGUACAACGCGCCGCGCCCGUUCAAUCUGCGGUCCGGACGCACACGCCGCUGCUUCGACGUUCCGCUGGUGAACUCGUGGUACCGCGAGCACGUGUCCUACACGCUCCCGCUGAAGGUGAAGGUCAGCUACCAGAAGCUGCUGAAGGGCUGGGUGAUGAACCAGCUGCACCGCAAGCCGCCAAAGGCGCAGAAGCGCCGCGACCUGCUGCGGUCGUUGCGGUCGACGAAGUUCUUCAAGACGACGGAGGAGGACUGGGUGGAAGCCGGGUUGCAGGUGGUGCGGCAGGGCUUCAACACGCUGAAUCUGCUGAUUCACCGCCGCGGCCUGAACUAUUUGCAUCUGGACUACAACUUCAACCUGAAGCCGAUCAAGGUGCUGACGACCAAGGAGCGAAAGAAGUCCCGCUUCGGAAACGCCUUCCACUUGACGCGCGAGAUUCUGCGUCUGACCAAAAUCAUCGUCGACUGCCACGUGCAGUUCCGACUGGGGAACAUCGAUGCGUUCCAGCUGGCCGACGGUCUGCAGUACGCGUUCGCGCACAUCGGGCAGCUGACCGGAAUGUACCGCUACAAGUACCGCCUGAUGCGCCAAGUCCGCAUGUGCAAGGACUUGAAGCACGUGAUCUACUAUCGAUUCAACACCGGCGCGGUCGGCAAGGGCCCGGGCUGCGGCUUCUGGUUCCCCGGCUGGCGCGUGUGGCUGUUCUUCCUGCGCGGAAUCGUCCCGCUGCUGGAGCGGUGGCUGCAGAACUUGCUGGCUCGUCAGUUCGAGGGUCGACACAGCGACGCGACGCCGCACACGGUGACCAAGCAGCGCGUGGAGAGUCAGUACGACUUGGAGCUGCGCGCUGCGGUGCUGCAGGACAUCCAGGAUAUGAUGCCGGAGGGCAUUAAGAACAACAAGAGCAAGACGAUCGCGCAGCAUCUGAGCGAGGCGUGGCGGUGCUGGAAGGCGAACAUUCCUUGGAAGGUGCCCGGCUUGCCGCCAGCGAUCGAGUCGAUGAUCCAGCGCUACGUGAAGGCGAAAGCGGACUGGUGGACCAACGUGGCGCACUACAACCGAGAGCGAAUCCGCCGCGGAGCGACCGUGGACAAGACGGUGUGCAAGAAGAACGUGGGGCGACUGACGCGUCUGUUCCUGAAGAAGGAGCAGGAGCGCCAGCAGAACUUUUUGAAGGACGGUCCGUACAUCAGCGAGGAAGAAGGAGUCGCAAUCUACAAGACCGCCGUGAACUGGCUGGAGUCUCGGCACUUCUCGCCGAUCCCGUUCCCGCCCACGCAGUACAAACACGACACAAAGAUGCUGACGCUGGCGCUGGAGCGACUCCGCGAGAACUACAACAGCAACAGCCGAAUGAACCAGAGCCAGCGAGAGGAAAUGGGUCUGAUCGAGCAGAGCUACGAUAAUCCGCACGAGACGCUGCAGCAGAUCAAGCGCUAUCUGCUCACGCAGCAAGUCUUCAAGGACGUGAAGCUGCAGUUCUUGGACCUGCACAGCCAUUUGUUGCCCGUGUACGAGAUUGAUCCGCUGGAGAAGAUCACGGACGCCUACCUGGAUCAGUAUCUGUGGUACGAGGCCGAUCGCCGCAAGCUGUUCCCGAACUGGAUCAAGCCUUCGGACGAGGAGCCGCAGCCCUAUUUGGUGUACAAGUUCUGCCAGGGCGUGAACAAUCUGACCGAUUUCUGGUCGUGCGAGAAUGGGGAAUGCAAUGUGUUGAUGGAGGCGACGCUGGACAAGGUGUACGAGAAGAUCGACCCGAUUCUGCUGAGCCGCUUGCUGCGUCUGAUCGUGGACCACAACAUUGCGGACUACAUGAGCAAGAAGAGCAACGUGAAGAUCACCUACAAAGAUAUGGAGCACGUGAAUCACUACGGUCUGAUCACCGGACUGCAGUUCGCAGGCUUCAUUUUCCAGUACUACGGACUGAUUCUGGACCUGCUGCUUCUGGGAAUGCACCGAGCCUCCGAGCUGGCCGGUCCCCCCACAAUGCCGAACAAAUACUGCUCCUUCCACGACACGGAGACGGAGAUUCGCCAUCCCAUCCGUCUCUACACUCGCUACAUCGACAAAGUGUACAUCGUGUUCCGCUUCACCGCGGAGGAAGCGAAGGAUCUGAUCCAGCAGUACCUCACAGAGCACCCCGAUCCCAACAACGAAAACAUCGUGGGCUACAACAACAAGAAGUGCUGGCCGCGCGACAGCCGCAUGCGUCUCAUGAAGCACGACGUGAAUCUGGGCCGCGCCGUGUUCUGGAACAUGAAGUCGCGCAUUCCUCGCUCGCUGACGACGUUCGAGUGGGACAAGAGCUUCGUGUGCGUGUACUCGCAGGACAACCCCAACUUCCUCUUCGACAUGUGCGGAUUCGAGGUCCGGAUUCUCCCGAAGUGCCGCAUGCCGCGCGAGCAGCAAGUGCAGGCGCGCGACGGCAUCUGGCCGCUGCAGAACGAAAGCACGAAGGAGCAGACCGCCGUGGCGUUCCUGCGCGUCACCGAAGAGGAGCAGCGGAUGUUCGAGAACCACAUUCGCCAGGUGCUGAUGAGUUCGGGCGGCACGACGUUCACGAAGGUGGCGAACAAGUGGAACACGGCGCUGAUCAACUUCAUGGCGUACUUCCGCGAGGCGGUGAUCAACACGGAGGAGAUGCUGGACAUUCUGGUGAAGUGCGAGAACAAGAUCCAGACGCGAAUCAAGAUCGGACUGAACAGUAAGAUGCCGUCGCGUUUCCCGCCCGUGGUCUUCUACACGCCGAAGGAGCUGGGCGGACUGGGCAUGAUGUCGAUGGGACACAUCCUGAUUCCGCAGAGCGACCUCACCUACUCGCGCCAGACCUCCACGGGAAUCACGCACUUCCGAAACGGAAUGUCCCACGAGGAGGACCAGCUGAUUCCCAACCUGUCGCGCUACAUCACGCCGUGGCUGUCGGAGAUCGAGUCGUCGCAAGAAGCGUGGGCGGAGUACACGUCCAAGAAGGCGGAGGCCAACGCGAUCAACCGCCGGUUGACGUACGAGGAUCUGAGCGAGAGCUGGGACCGCGGUCUUCCGCGAAUCAGCACGCUGUUCCAGAAGGACCGGCACACGCUGGCGUACGAUAAGGGCUACCGCGUGCGUCUGGUGUUCAAGCAGUACACGCUGCUGCGCUACAAUCAGAUGUGGUGGACGCACCAGAGCCACGAUGGUCGCCUGUGGAACCUGAACAACUACCGCACGGAUGUGAUCCAGCACCUCGGCGGCGUGGAGAACAUUCUGGAGCACACGCUGUUCAAGGCGACGGGCUUCCCGACCUGGGAGGGACUGUUCUGGGAGAAGGCUUCGGGCUUCGAGGAGCAGAUGAAGUACAAGAAGCUGACGAACGCGCAGCGCAGCGGUCUGAACCAGAUUCCGAAUCGUCGGUUCACGCUGUGGUGGUCUCCGACGAUCAACCGAGCGAACGUGUACGUGGGUUUCCAGGUGCAGCUGGACCUGACGGGUAUCUUCAUGCACGGAAAGAUCCCCACGCUGAAGAUCAGUCUGAUCCAGAUCUUCCGAUCGCACUUGUGGCAGAAGAUCCACGAGAACAUCGUGAUCGAUCUCUGCCAGGUGUUCGACCAGGUGCUGGACGAUCUGGCGAUCAGCUCGGUCGAGAAGAUGACGAUCCAUCCGCGCAAGUCGUACAAGAUGAACAGCUCGAGUUCGGACGUGGUGAUCAACGCGUCCUAUCGCUGGAACACCUGCAAGCCCUCGCUUCUCCACGACGACCACGACGAGUUCACCGACCAGCCCACGCAGCAGUACUGGCUGGACGUCCAGCUGCGCUGGGGCGACUACGAUUCGCACGAUAUCGAGCGCUACUGCCGCGCCAAGUUCCUGGACUACAUCUCCGACUCGAUGACCACGUACGCCUCCUCGACCGGAGUGUUGCUGGGCGUGGAUCUCGCGUACAACAUGUACUCCGGCUUCGGCCACUACAUUCCGGGAUCGAAGCUGCUGCUGCAGCGCGCGAUGGCGCGAAUCAUGAAGGCGAACCCCUCGCUGAGCGUGCUGCGCGACCGAAUUCGCAGCGGCCUGCAGCUGUACUCGUCGGAGCCGACGGAGCCGAUGCUGAGCAGCCAGAACUACCAGGAGCUGUUCAGCAACCAGGUGGUGUGGAUUGUGGACGACGAGAACGUGUAUCGUGUGACGAUGCACGCCACACACGAGGGAAACACCACCACCAAGCCCAUGAACGGCUUCGUCUCCGUGUUCAAUCCUCGCUCCGGCCAGCUCUUCCUCAAGGUCAUCCACACGUCGGUCUGGACGGGACAGAAGCGUCUGACGCAGCUGGCCAAGUGGAAGACGGCCGAAGAGAUCGCUGCGAUCAUGCACAGCACGCCGGUGGAGGAGCAGCCGAAGCAGAUCAUCGUGACGCGCAAGAACUUGAUGGACGCGAUGCAGGGCAUGCUGGUCGAUUUCCCGAACACGGUGCUGAAGACGUCGGAGAUGCAGCUUCCGUUCGCUGCGCUGGGCAAGGUGGAGAAGAUCAGCGACCACGUGCUCAAAGCCACGGGUCCGCGCAACGAUCUUUUCAAUCUCUACGACGACUGGCUGGAGACGAUUUCGUCGUACACCGCGUUCUCGCGUCUGAUCCUGAUUCUCCGCGCCAUCCGCUUGAACCCCGUGCAGGCCGCGGCCAUUUUGCGCCCCACGGCGGACACGAUCACGCAGCCGCACCACGUGUGGCCGACGUUCACCGCGGAGCAGUGGAUCGAAGUGGAGCACAACCUCACCGACAUGAUUCUGGCGUACUACAGCAAGAACAACAACGUGUCGGUGACGUCGCUCACGCAGAGCGAGAUCCGCGACAUCAUUCUGGGCAUGCCGAUCGCGCCGCCCUCGCAGCAGCGCCAGCAGAUGGCGGAGAUCGAGUCGCAGGACCGCGACCAGAGCCAGAUGGUCUCGGUGACCACGCGCACCACCAACGUGUUCGGCGAGGAGAUGACCUCCACCACCACCUCGCAGUACGAGCAGCAGACCUUCUCGUCGCGUGCGGACUGGCGCGUCCGCGCGAUCUCCACCGCCAACCUGCCUCUGCGUGCGCAGAACCUCCACGUGGCCACCAGUCUGGACAGCGAGAACGCUUACGUGCUCCCAUCCAACCUCUUCAAGCAGUUCGUCUGCAUCGCCGACCUCCGCACGCAGAUCUGCGGUCUGCUGUACGGCGUGUCGCUCCCGGACGACCCGCACACGAUGGAGGUGCGUCUGAUCGUGCUGCCGCCGCAGAUGGGCUCGCAGAUGGCGGUCAAGAUCCCCGACCAGCUCCCGCAGCACGAGCUGCUGGAGGGCCUGGAGCCGCUGGGGUGGAUCCACACGCAGGCGCGCGAGCUGCACGCGCUGUCGUCGCGCGACGUCUACACACACUCGCACAUGAUGGACACGAAUCCGUCGUGGGACGGGAAGAAGACGGCGAUCAUCACGUGCUCGUUCAUUCCGGGCUCCGUCUCCGUGGCGGGCUACAACAUCACGAAGGAGGGCUACGACUGGGGCCGGCUGUCGAAGGACCAGGGCGCGAACACGACGGGGUUCGACGAGAACACGAUGUUCCACACGUGCUCGGUGCUGUUUAGCGACAAGUUUUUGGGAAGCUUUUUGGUGCCCGCGGAGAACAGCUGGAAUUACAACUUCCGGGGAAGCCAGUUCCGAGCCAACGAUCCGUACGACGUGGUUCCGGAUGUGCCGAAGGAGUACUACGAUCCGGUGCAUCGCCCGGAGCAUUUCAAGAACUUCUGUAACAUCGAGCAGGACGGGCCGCAGGGCAUCGAGCAAGAGAAUGUAAUGGAGCGGGAGGAUGAGUUCAAUUAAAAAAAGAGU